AUGCAUCAUACUGCAUUCAUAAAAGGCGUCAAAACCAAGUCUCAUACUCUCCUCAUUUCUGCCUCAGAGAGAAGCAAAGUGGCCCGGCGUAUUCAGUACAAGCCCGCUCGCAUUCACAACACUCGAGCCCAUAUCAAGAAGAGGAUGUUAGCGGCAGAACAGGAAAACGCUCAGCUUAGAGAGGAGCUGGUUAACCUCAAGGGAGAGAUGGAAAGAAUGUCAAUUAUAAUGGAAACUUUGAUGGCUGAAAGAGAGCAAGCAGCAAUCUCCGACUCAGCUCCUGUUGUGGUUGUCACAGCUGCACCUGAUGGUCUCCCGCGACCAACUCCUACUACUGCUACAGCUAUCGGCCUCACCCAGCCUUUGAUGACUGAUUUUUCUUCUGGUAAUAUGGCAACUAUGGGUAACUCAGGCUUCCGUCCUAUUGGCCCCCAUGGUCAAUUUUCCACUCCUCAGUAUUCCAUGCCUCUAGGGUACCCAUGGGGCAUGCCACUUACAGCCAGUGGGGGUUUUCGUCCAAGUGCUACUGAAAUGCCUUUCGCUCAUGGUCAACAGACUUCACCACCUUUUCAGACGGACCAGCUAUUUCCUCAUGCUGCUAUGACUCAAGCAGGACCCAGUGUGCAUGUUGAGCCACAACAGGAAGAACAGGUCUAUCAUUCUGACAGUGUAAUGGGGGACGACAAGGCAGUUAACUGGGAAGAGAGAUUCGGUGCUUUGGAAAAAGAGAUGAGUAACAUGCGCGGUAAAGAGGCUGUUGUUCAGAGUAUAUACGAUCUUUGCUUGGUACCAGAUGUGGAUAUACCCCCCAAAUUCAAGGACAGUUUGACCGGUCCUGCACACACUUGGUUUAUGGGUUUGAAGGGCAUUACUACGUUCGAACAGUUGGCUGACGCUUUCAUGCAACAAUACAAAUACAAAACAUAUCUGGCGCCUAGUCGCAAAGAGUUGCAAUCCUUGACCCAGAAGGAUAAAGAGUCAUUCAAAGAGUAUGCACAACGCUUCAUCCAAAAGGCCUCCCAGAUUCGUCCGCCCUUGGACGAGAGAGAAUUAUCCGAGAUGUUCUAUGAGACUUUGAGCCCUUGUUAUUCAGAAAAAAUGAUUGUCUGUGCAUCACAGAAGUUCACUGAUCUGGUAGAGACAGGGAUACGUAUCGAGGAGUGGACUCGUAAGGGAGUUGGUGCUUCAGGAAGUUCUGCAGGAAGUUCAUCUAGUGGUAACAAGAAGUUUGGUAAUGGUUACCCAAAGAGGAAUGCUCAAGAAGUCGGCAUGGUGGCCCAUGGCGGUUCUCAACCAGUGUACCCAAACCAGUCUUAUGUUGCCAACAUCACCCCACAAAUGACCGCUCCUCAGAACCCAAACUAUCAACCACCAAGACCUCAAGGGCCUUCAUUAUAUUAUCCCCCACUAUAUCAACAACCAUAUAACCCACAACAACUCUCUCAACCACCCUACUAUCCUCAACAACCCUACUACCCUCAACAACCAUACCAACAAAGGCCACACUACCCACCACAACAACAACCCCGUCCUCAAGCUCCCUACAACCAGCAAAAUCAAAAACAACAAUUUGACCCCAUACCAAUGACUUAUGGAGCAUUAUUGCCUUCCUUGCUCGCGCAAAACCGAGUUCACACAUUACCACCUCCUCGCAUUCCAGAUCCUCUCCCACGCUGGUACCGCCCUGAACUUCAUUGUGUUUUUCAUCAAGGGGCAGCGGGUCACGAUGUGGAACGCUGUUAUGCCCUCAAGAAAGAGGUCCAAAAAUUGCUCGAUAGCAAAGAGUUGACUUUCGCCGACCCUGAUCAUGUUGCCCAGAACAAUCCUCUGCCGCCUCAUGGGCCUGCUGUUAAUAUGAUUCAGGACUGUCAAGAAGAUGCUUGCAUUAUCUACGCACGCGACAUCAAGACCCCUUUGGUACCGAUACAUGUGAAAAUGUGCGAGAUGGCUCUCUUCAGUCACGAUCAUGAAGCUUGUCAUGUAUGUUCGGUGAAUCCUCGUGGGUGCAUGCAAGUCCAAGAGGAUGUGCAAGGGCUCCUAGAUAAAAAGGAACUUGUGGUUACAAAGGAAAUCAAGAGCAAAAGUGUUUGUGUUGUCACCCCAGUAUUCAGAGAUAGGAGGCCACUUGUGAUAAACCCUAACAGUGCAAAACCCGCUGUCACUCCUUUGGUAAUCUGUGUGCCUAAGCCUGCACCUCCUUCCUCUCAGAAAGCCGUGCCUUACAAGUACGAGGGCACAAUUUUAGAACCUGGAAAUGAAACGACAUCAUCCUCUGUUGUGGACAACAUUGCCGAUAGUAGUCGGAUUUUAAGAAGCGGCCGCGUUCUUCCUGCUGUGGUUCAGAAGAGCACUGGUGUUUCGGUUGAGGAAACAGUAAAGGAGCGGAACACAGGUAAAGGUAGAGUUAGAGAGCAUCCCAAAGAGGUCGACUAUGAGGAUGCUGAUGAAAUCCUAAAGCUGAUCAAGAGAAGUGAAUACAGGGUUGUGGACCAAUUGUUACAAACCCCUGCGAAGAUUUCCAUUUUGUCUCUGUUAUCAAGCUCUGGUGCUCAUCGAGAUGCCCUGAAGAAAGUUCUCGACCAAGCUUUUGUGGAUUAUGAUGUGACAUUGGGCCAGUUUGAAAGUAUUGUGGGAAAUGUGACUGCAUGUAACAGCCUGAGUUUCAGUGAUGAAGACCUCCCGGCGGAGGGGAAAAAGCACAAUCAAGCUUUACUCAUUUCCGUACUUUGCAGAACAGACUCCCUAUCCAAUGUUCUGAUUGACACCGGCUCUGCUCUUAAUGUGAUGCCCAAAUCAACCUUGGAUCAACUGACGUAUUCCGAGGCUCUCUUGAGGCCAAGUAAGGUGACGGUGAGGGCAUUUGACGGGACCAGAAGAGCAGUAUAUGGUGAGAUAGAUUUGCCCAUCUCAGUCGGCCCCCAUGAGUUUCAGGUUACUUUUCAGGUCAUGGAAAUCCAGGCAUCUUUCAGCUGUUUACUUGGCAGACCAUGGAUUCAUGACGCUGGGGCAGUAACAUCCACUCUCCACCAGAAGCUGAAGUUUGUAAGUCAUGGAAAGCUCAUUACUGUGAGUGGCGAGUCAGCCUUUUUGAUCAGCAAUUUGUCCGCUUUCUCUGUCAUUGGUGGUAGUAGUUCAGAUGGGUCGUCAUUCCAAGGGUUCUCUGCUGAAGGAAGCGUAAGUAAGAUUGGGACUUGUAUGGCUUCGUUGAAGGACGCACAGAGGGUAAUCCAGGAGGGCAAAACCGAAGGAUGUGGUCAGCUAGUGGAGUUACCGGAAAACAAGCGCAAGGAAGGGAUUGGUUUUCUUAACAGUAGGUCUGGGAUGUUUGACCCUACCGAAGGCUCUUUUCGCAGUGCCGGAUUCAUCCAUGAUUCGCCAGGGAUCAAUGCACUUACUGAUGAUACACCGGAAGGAGUGGCACCUGUUUUUGUGACACCAGGAGGAACUUGCUGCAACUGGAUUGCCGUAGACAUUCCUUCUGUGAUACCCCUUUCUAAACUGAACAUAAGCGAGCCCGUUGAACACAGUAACCCCAUGCUUCCUCCCAACUUUGAAGUCCCGGUUUACGAGGCUAUGAUAGAGGAGGAUGAGGAGAUUCCUGAUGAGAUUAAAUGGAUGUUGGAACAAGAAAGAAAGACAAUUCAGCCUCAUCAGGAAGAGAUAGAAAUCAUCAAUCUGGGUACUGAGGAAGACAAGAAAGAAAUUAAGAUCGGGGCAUUGUUGGAGACAUCUGUUAAGGAAAGAGUAAUUGAGCUUCUCAGAGAAUAUGCUGAUAUAUUUGCAUGGUCAUACAAGGACAUGCCGGGUCUAGACCCUGAUGUCGUGGAACACAGAUUGCCUUUGAAGCCUGAAUGUCCUCCGGUAAAGCAGAAAUUGAGAAGAUCUAAUCCCGAGAUGGCCCUCAAGAUCAAAGAGGAAGUACGCAAGCAGAUUGAUGCAGGUUUCCUGGUCACGUCAGAGUAUCCUCAGUGGUUAGCCAACAUAGUGCUCGUUCCAAAGAAAGAUGGCAAAGUUAGAAUGUGUGUCGAUUACCGGGAUUUGAACAAGGCUAGUCCGAAGGAUAAUUUCCCUUUACCUCACAUUGAUGUAUUGGUUGAUAACACUGCUAAAUGCAAGGUAUUCUCCUUCAUGGACGGUUUUUCCGGGUAUAAUCAGAUAAAGAUGGCUCCAGAAGAUAGAGAAAAGACGUCCUUCAUCACGCCUUGGGGUGCUUUUUGUUAUUUGGUGAUGCCAUUUGGGUUGAUAAACGCUGGUGCCACUUACCAGAGAGGCAUGACCAAAAUAUUCCAUGACAUGAUUCACAAAGAAAUUGAAGUCUACGUAGAUGAUAUGAUUGUCAAGUCUGGCACAGAAGAAGAACAUGUUGAUCAAAAGGGUAUUGAAGUUGAUCCCGACAAGGUCAGAGCCAUCAGAGAAAUGCCUGCUCCAAAGACAGAGAAACAAGUCAGAGGUUUUCUUGGUAGACUGAAUUAUAUCUCCAGAUUUAUCUCUCACAUGACUGCCACAUGUGGACCAAUUUUCAAGUUACUCCGCAAGGAUCAAGGGGUGAAGUGGAAUGAUGAUUGUCAGAAAGCUUUUGACCGAAUCAAAGAAUAUCUGUUAGAACCUCCGAUUCUUGUUCCUCCAGUUGACGGAAGACCUUUGAUCAUGUAUCUAACAGUACUGGAAGAUUCCAUGGGCUGUGUGUUAGGUCAACAAGAUGAAACCGGAAAGAAAGAGCAUGCUAUCUACUAUUUGAGUAAGAAGUUCACUGAUUGUGAGUCUCGAUAUUCUGUACUUGAGAAAACUUGUUGUGCUUUGGCCUGGGCCGCCAAGCGUCUCCGUCAUUAUAUGAUUAAUCAUACAACUUGGUUGAUAUCCAAGAUGGAUCCAAUCAAGUACAUAUUUGAGAAGCCAGCUUUAACUGGAAGGAUCGCUCGCUGGCAAAUGUUAUUGUCCGAGUAUGAUAUCAUGUAUCGCACCCAGAAAGCAAUCAAAGGCAGCAUCUUGGCAGACCAUUUGGCCCAUCAACCGGUUGAAGACUACCAACCAAUCAAGUUUGACUUCCCAGAUGAAGAGGUCAUGUAUCUAAAAGCGAAAGAUUGUGAUGAACCAGUGUUCGGUGAAGGUCCUGAUCCUGAAUCCGAAUGGGGUUUGAUAUUUGAUGGAGCCGUUAAUGUCUAUGGUAGUGGAAUUGGUGCAGUUCUCAUUACCCCUAAGGGUACUCACAUCCCUCUUACUGCAAGGAUUCGAUUUGAUUGUACAAAUAACAUUGCAGAAUACGAAGCUUGCAUCAUGGGUAUCGAAGAAGCCAUCGACUUGAGGAUCAAGAAAAUUGUCAUCUAUGGAGAUUCAGCUCUCGUGAUUAACCAGAUCAAAGGAGAAUGGGAAACUCGCCAUCCUGGUUUGAUUCCCUACAGAGAUUAUGCAAGACGAUUGCUGACUUUCUUCAACAAAGUAGAGUUACACCAUGUGCCCCGUGAUGAGAAUCAAAUGGCGGAUGCUUUAGCUACUCUAUCCUCAAUGAUCAAAGUGAAUGGUCACAAUACUGUGCCGGUAAUCAAUGUUCAAUUCCUCGAUCGGCCUGCUUAUGUGUUUGCAGCUGAAGCAGUUGAGGAUGACAAACCAUGGUAUCAUGAUAUCCAAGUCUUCCUUCAGACUCAAAAAUACCCGCCUGGGAUAUCCAACAAAGACAAGAAGACCUUGAGAAAGUUGUCAAGCCGUUUCUUCCUCAACGGAGAUGUUUUGUAUAAGAGAAACUUUGAUGGGGUCCUACUCAGAUGUGUGAAUGAGCAUGAAGCAGAAGAGUUGAUGCAUGAGAUACAUGAAGGCUCUUUCGGAACUCACUCAUGUGGGCACGCCAUGGCAAAGAAGAUAUUGAGGGCUGGGUAUUACUGGAUAACAAUGCAUGCGGAUUGCUACAACCAUGCCAAGAGAUGUCACAAAUGUCAGAUCUAUGCUGACAAGAUUCAUAUACCACCAUCUAUGCUCAAUGUCGUCUCUUCCCCGUGGCCUUUCUCUAUGUGGGGCAUUGACAUGAUUGGUCGGAUUGAACCAAAAGCCUCCAAUGGGCAUCGCUUCAUACUAGUGGCCAUCGAUUAUUUCACCAAGCCACAGAUGAAUGGGGCAGUUGAAGCUGCAAACAAGAACAUCAAGAAGAUCAUACAGAAGAUGGUAGUUACUUACAAGGACUGGCAUGAAAUGUUACCUUAUGCUUUGUAUGGAUAUCGUACCUCAGUGCGAACCUCAACAGGGGCAACCCCUUUCUCUUUGGUAUAUGGUAUGGAGGCUGUACUACCAGUAGAAGUGGAGAUUCCUUCUUUAAGAGUCUUGAUGGAAGCUGAAUUGUCUGAAGCAGAAUGGUGCCAGAGUAGGUACGACCAGUUGAAUUUGAUUGAGGAGAAACGCAUGGCCGCUUUGUGUCAUGGACAGCUAUAUCAGUCAAGGAUGAAACAAGCUUUCGAUAAAAGAGUCCAUCCUCGUGAAUUCAAGGAAGGAGAUCUUGUGGUCAAAUGUAUCAAAUCCUUCCAACCCGAUCCUAGGGGCAAAUGGACGCCAAACUAUGAAGGUCCCUACGUGGUGAAGAGGGCUUUCUCUGGUGGCUUUUUCAGAAAAUAUCCGAGGGGUUAUGUGAGGGAUAGGCCCUGGGAAAUGGUAGAUUCCUGCCAAAAGCAAAGUAUCCUGCAAAAGUUACCCCUUGAGGUGACAAAGCGCUGCACACUUUAG